AUGGGAGAGGAGCUCGAUUGUCUAGAGAAGGAGAGUAGGAAGAAAAGGAGAAGAGGUGAAAGGGGCUGGGAUACUAGGAUGAGAAAUGAGGGAGGAAGAGGUGAAGAGGAUGAGGAGGAUGAGGAUGGUGGUGAACGGUCGUCGGGCAGAGGAAGAGGGAGAGGGAGAGGGAGCGGAUAUGGAUCUUCACGAUAA